AAUAAAUUGUCUUAUUUGCUCAGGUGAAGAUGUUGGUGCACAGUCUUCUAGUCCUCUCCUUGGCAGUUGCUACAGCAUUUUCUAACAAAUGUGAAUCUGCUUCUCUCUCUGAGAAGAAGGAGACCAUCCUGAACUUGUUGGCAUGCUGGGAUGAUAGCGCUGCAAAUAGGAUCGUAUCAGAUUCUGGGUACCCUACUGGAGGUGGGUACCCUACUGGAGGGGAUGCUGGAUACAGGAGCUGUAAGGAAAUCAAGAAUUCAGACAGAUAUGCUAAAGAUGGAAUUUACCAGCUGUCCACUGAAGAUGGAGUGGUCUAUCAGACCUUCUGUGAUAUGACAACCAAUGGUGGAGGUUGGACACUGGUAGCAAGUGUACACGAGAACAACAUGAAUGGGAAAUGCACACAAGGAGAUCGCUGGUCCAGCCAGCAGGGAGACAACCUCAAUAAUCCAAAAGGAGACGGAAACUGGGCAAAUUAUGCCUCAUUUGGGCUUCCAGAUGGUGCAACCAGUGAUGAUUACAAGAAUCCAGGAUAUUAUGAUAUUACUUCCAAAGAUCUAAGUCUGUGGCAUGUUCCCAAUGACACACCCUUGUCUCAGUGGAGGAAUUCAUCUCUGUUACGGUAUCGCACUGACAACGGUUUCUUUAAUCAGGAGGGUGGAAACCUCUUCCAGCUUUACAAGAAAUACCCUUUGGUUUACAACGUUGGAGCCUGUUUGGCAAACAAUGGUCCUGCUGUUCCUGUAGUGUAUGAUUUUGGAAGUGCCGAUAAGACAGCAUCUUACUACUCACCAUACGGAGCUAAAGAGUUCACUGCCGGCUAUGUCCAGUUCCGAGCUAUUAACUCAGAAAGAUCUCCCCUAGCUCUGUGCCCCGGUGUGAAAGUGACAGGCUGCAAUGUAGAGCAUCACUGCAUUGGAGGAAGUGGAUACAUCCCAGAAGGAGCGCCUCGUCAGUGUGGAGACUUUUCAGCCUUUGACUGGGACGGCUAUGGAACACACAUUGGAUGGAGUUCCACCAAGGAAAUUACUGAGGCAGCUGUCCUUCUCUUCUAUCGUUAAUUUAAAAACAGUUCAUAUUUUUCAAUAAAGUAAAUUGCAUUUUUGCAUCAAA